AGUAUUGAAAAUUUGGAUUGGAGCAUUUUUCAAAUACAUUGUAUUUGACCUCCUAAUCUAAGUAGGUUUGCGGUUUUUGUAACUUUCAUAAAUUACAGGUGAAAAGAAUUAUCUCUAGUUAAAAAUAUAUAGUAAUAGCUAACUUUUACUGAGUUGCUACUAUGUAGGGCACAGUUCUAAGCACUGUACAUGAUUUAUCUAGUUUAGUCCAGCAGAACUCCAUGAGGUAAGAACUAUUACUUCCUUUUUUCAAAUGAGAUGGCUAACACACAGAGUGGUUAUACAUGAUUUUAUUAGUACUUCCUUCCAUAGUAGUACCAAUUCUUAAUUAAGGAAGAUUUCUUACAGUUAACUUGUGUAGUUUAAAUUUAGAUGAUCCUGCCAAAAUGAAGUUAAAUGAGUCAUAGUAGAAAUACAAAGACCUCCAUUAUGACCCUCUUUAUGCUGUAAUAUUAAUACCAUGAUAAAUUAAUAAUAGAUAUGUAUCUUUUCAUUAUAAAAAAGAAAAAAGUUUAUUUUGACACCUUAGCUUUGUUGAUUUGAUAAUACCAGAACUACUAUUUUCAUGUAAUAGGAGAAAGAUGAAUAAUUCUAUUUAAUUUUGUUUAUACUGCUGAUUUAGGGAUUUAUUGUUCCGAUUUUCUUGUUAUAUUUAGCCUUAUGUCUUUUGUCAUAUUUCACUGAACAAAAAAUUCAUUGUUUAUACAUGCACCUUUGCAACAGAAAUUUGCCAGAUUUUCCUAUGAUUACUCCCAGUGAAUGUAUUUAUUAUAUAAGAAAGUGUUUUUAGGUAAAUUGUCAUAGUUCCAUGAAAGGGAAUCCUAGAAGACAGACCAUCAAAAAGCAAAAUGUGAACUUUAGAAUUGGUCUGGAAAGUGGUGAUUUCCAAAUUUGGCUUUUCUUCCCUCUUCCUGAGGGAUAGCCAGUUUAUUUUUAGGAAUGUUGUAAUAUUUUCAAAAUACUUGUAAUUUUCAGUUAUUGUAAUUGAGCAAUGUACCUUGUAGCGGGCUGACAGUAGAAAGGGAAGAAAAGAGAUCUUGUACAAUUAGAAAAAAGGCUCUAAAUUUUUGAAAUAGCCAUCUAUCAUUGAAUAAGAUUUCAGCUCCAGAUCCUGAAGUUGAUAGAUGCAGGGCUAUAAAAAGAUGUGUUAUGUGUGAAUACCAUCUAUAGUGGGGUGCAUUUAAAUCAGCCCCUUUCAUAAAGACUAAAUGAGCAAUAAAACCCUGAUUAAAUGGGACACAAUCAGAAUUUUUUUUAACUCUUUUUAUUAAUGAAGAAAAGCCUAAUUAAAUAAGCAUAUGUUGGCAAAAUGUGAAAAGCAAAACCACGUUCCAGUUUGUCAAGGUGCAGGUUAGUUAAACCCUUAACCUUGUUAUCUCUAUACAGUAAGUACUGUGCCAUGAUUGAGAUGGUUCAGGAUGAUGAACGAGGCAUUGGAAUCAUCUCUAUCCUGAAAGAUUAAUUUGUUUACCAUUUCUGGCUAAAGGGUAAUAGUGCAUUUUAGAAAUAAGUUUUGGCAGGGAUUGAUACACAAGAAAAAAAUUAGCACUUAGUAAAUGAGAAAAUAGGUUAACCAGAACACCCAUUUACAAACACGAUUAAUUGAACAUUUACUGUAAAAAGAAAAAUAAGUGAUUAUAGUAUUAAUAUAACUUUACUAUUUCAGAAUUCUGUGGUAUUCCAUUGCUUGUCAUAUUGCAUAUUUUGGAUAAGGUGUAUGAAAGAUCUCCUGAAAAUGGUGUUAAUGAGUUAAAAUCAAAGGACAAAAUUAUUGCAUCAGUUCUUCAUGUGGGUAGUUGGUAAUUUUCAGAUUUUUAUUUUACCUGAAAAAAAUGUAAAGAAGACUACUUAGUCUUGAUUGGGGCAGGGGGUUUAUUCUUAAUUGUAAAAGAAAAGUGAGUCUGUUUUCUUAAAUUUAUUUUAUAGACUGUCAAGCGUAAAUAAGAGAUGUACUUUUGAUGCCUGUAUAAAAUACGUAAAAUAUUUUAGAAUAGCAUAUAAGGUGAUUCUUUUUAAAAAUAUAGAUCUAUGUGUUCAUAUAUGUAAAUAUAAAAUAGUAAUACCUAUUAUUUAGAUUUCAUAGUGACAUGAGGUAACAGUUUAUAAUAAGAAGGCAUGGUGAUUGCUCACUGUCCUUAACUCUGGCCUCACGUUAAAGCUAUAUCCUGAAAUGUCUUGUAUUCCUUAUUUCCUUAUCAGUCUGUUCUUACUGGUUUAUUUCCUUUUGGAUCAUGUUUAUAUUUUGCAUUGGUAAUGCUAUUGCAAUAAAGAUCUUAUGAGUUUAUUACUUAUUCUAAUAAUUUAAAAAAUUGAUUCUAAGUUAACUCUUUUAGGCUUUAAGGAGUAUCCCUUUAUGCUAAUGUCCCAGAAGAAGCUCAUUCAUACAGAAGACCCAUUUAAUGACGAGCAUCAGGAGAGGCGAGAAGUGGAAAUGUUGGCUAAGAAGUUUGAAAUGAAAUAUGGUGGGAAACCCCGUAAACACCGGAAGGAUCGGCUACAAGAUUUAAUUGAUAUAGGCUUUGGCUAUGAUGAGACAGAUCCAUUUAUUGAUAACUCAGAGGCUUAUGAUGAAUUAGUUCCUGCUUCUCUAACAACAAAAUAUGGAGGCUUUUAUAUCAACACUGGCACUCUACAGUUUCGCCAAGCUUCAGAUACUGAAGAAGACGAUACUACAGACAACCAAAAGCACAAGCCACCCAAAGUUCCCAAAAUAAAAGAAGAUGAUAUUGACAUGAAGAAGCGGAAGCGAAAAGAGGAAGGUGAAAAGGAGAAAAAGCCAAGGAAAAAAGUACCCAAACAACUGGGAGUUGUGGCUCUAAAUUCACACAAGUCUGAAAAAAAGAAGAAACGUUACAAAGAUUCUCUUUCUCUAGCAGCCAUGAUACGAAAAUUUCAGAAAGAGAAGGAUGCAUUAAAAAAGGAGUCUAACCCCAAAGUCCCAGUGACCUUAUCGACCUCCUCUCUGAAUAAACCCCCUUCUGCUGCAGCAUUGGGGAAUGAUGUCCCAGACUUAAAUCUGAACAGUGCUGAUCCAGACCUCCCCAUUUUUGUUAGCACAAAUGAACAUGAACUGUUUCAGGAUGCUGAAAAUGCCCUAGAGAUGCUAGAUGAUUUCGACUUUGAGAGAUUACUGGAUGCUGCUUCUGAUGGUAGCCCCCUGUCUGAGUCAGGGGGAGAAAAUGGAACCACCACCCAGCCAACCUACUCCUCUCAGGUUAUGCCCAAGGUGGUACCUACACUCCCAGAGGGUCUACCUGUUCUUCUUGAAAAACGUAUUGAGGACCUUCGUGUAGCUGCCAAACUUUUUGAUGAAGAAGGAAGGAAAAAAUUCUUUACCCAGGAUAUGAAUAAUAUUCUUCUGGACAUUGAGUUACAGCUACAAGAACUAGGCCCUGUCAUUCGUAGUGGUGUCUAUUCCCAUCUUGAAGCUUUUGUGCCAUGCAAUAAGGAAACACUGGUAAAACGUCUAAAGAAGUUACAUCUCAAUGUGCAGGAUGAUCGUUUAAGAGAACCUCUGCAAAAACUGAAACUGGCUGUUAGCAAUGUCAUGCCUGAACAGCUAUUUAAAUACCAGGAGGACUGCCAGGCUCGUAGUCAAGCUAAGUGUGCCAAAUUGCAAACAGAUGAAGAACGAGAAAAAAAUGGAUCUGAGGAAGAUGAUGAUGAAAAACCAGGGAAACGUGUAAUAGGACCAAGAAAGAAAUUCCACUGGGAUGACACCAUUAGAACUUUGUUAUGUAACCUUGUUGAAAUCAAAUUGGGAUGCUAUGAGUUAGAGCCAAAUAAAAGCCAGUCUGCUGAGGAUUAUCUUAAAUCCUUUAUGGAGACAGAGGUGAAGCCCUUAUGGCCCAAGGGCUGGAUGCAAGCAAGAAUGCUUUUUAAGGAAAGCCGGAGUGUACAUAAUCAUCUUACUUCUGCUCCGGCAAAGAAAAAGGUGAUUCCUGCACCUAAACCCAAAGUAAAGGAGGUGAUGGUAAAGACCCUUCCUCUCCAUUCUUUUCCUACUAUGCUUAAGGAGUGUAGUCCGAAAAAGGAUCAGAAAACUCCUGCAUCCCUGGUAGCUUCAGCUGGUGGUCCUUCAGCAAGCUCUAGCAUAUCUGCUGUUGCUUCAGCCAGCUCCAGCUCUACGCCAGCCCAAGAAACCAUCUGCCUUGAUGACUCACUAGAUGAAGAUCUUUCUUUCCAUUCGCCUUCACUUGAUCUUGUUUCUGAAGCUUUAGCUAUUAUCAACAAUGGGAACAAGGGCCCUCCAGUUGGCUCAAGGAUAAGCAUGCCAUCUACAAAACCUCGUCCAGGACUGAGAGAAGAAAAAUUGGCAAGUAUCAUGAGUAAGCUGCCACUGGCUACUCCCAAAAAACUAGAUUCUACUCAGACUGCACAUUCAUCAAGUCUUAUUGCUGGUCACACAGGGCCAGUACCAAAGAAACCCCAGGAUUUAGCUCAUACUGGCAUCUCUUCAGGCCUUAUUGCUGGUUCUUCAAUCCAGAACCCUAAAGUUUCCUUAGAACCCUUGCCAGCCAGGCUACUUCAACAAGGAUUACAGAGGUCAAGCCAGAUCCAUGCUUCUUCCUCUUCACAGACUCACAUCUCCUCUUCUUCCCAAGCCCAAGUUGCUGCCUCCUCUCAUGCUCUAGGAACAUCAGAGGCUCAAGAUGCUUCUUCAUUAACACAAGUAACAAAGGUGCACCAGCAUUCGGCUGUCCAGCAGAACUAUGUGUCUCCAUUACAAGCAACCAUUAGUAAAUCACAGACCAACCCAGUGGUGAAAUUAAGUAAUAAUCCCCAACUUUCCUGUUCGUCCCCACUUAUUAAGAGUUCAGAUAAGCCACUGAUGUACCGCCUUCCCUUAUCUACACCCUCACCUGGAAAUGGUUCUCAAGGGUCCCACCCCCUGGUUUCUAGGACAGCACCUAGCACCACUACCUCCAGUAACUAUUUAGCCAAGGCUAUGGUGUCACAAAUCUCCACGCAGGGUUUUAAAUCUCCCUUCUCAAUGGCAGCAUCCCCAAAACUUGCCGCAUCUCCCAAACCUGCCACAUCUCCUAAACCAUUGCCCUCACCUAAGCCUUCUGCCUCGCCCAAGCCCUCUCUCUCAGCCAAGCCUUCAGUAUCAACUAAACUUAUUUCUAAAUCCAACCCAACUCCCAAGCCAACUGUAUCCCCAAGUUCUUCCAGUCCAAAUGCACUAGUAGCCCAGAGUAGCCACUCUAGCAGUAACAACCCAGUCCAUAAACAGCCCAGUGGAAUAAACAUCAGCAGACAGUCUCCCACCUUGAAUUUAUUGCCCUCUAAUCGCACUUCAGGCCUUCCAUCUACAAAAACUCUUCAGGCCCCUUCAAAGCUAACAAACUCAUCAUCCACUGGAACUGUUGGGAAGAAUAGCUUGAGUGGAAUUGCAAUGAAUGUACCUGCCAGCAGAGGUAGCAACCUUAACUCAAGCGGAGCUAAUAGGACUAGUCUAUCUGGGGGAACAGGAAGUGGAACACAGGGUGCUACUAAACCGUUGUCUACUCCACAUAGACCAUCCUCUGCCUCAGGGUCUUCAGUGGUAACAGCCAGUGUGCAGUCCACAGCAGGAGCAUCAUUAUUGGCUAAUGCCUCACCUCUGACUCUCAUGACAUCACCUUUGUCUGUAACAAAUCAAAAUGUGACUCCUUUUGGGAUGCUGGGUGGCCUUGUUCCAGUGACCAUGCCCUUCCAGUUUCCCUUGGAGCUACUUGGCUUUGGAACGGACACAGCUGGAGUGACAACCACCUCGGGAUCUACCUCAGCCGCUUUCCACCACCAUAGCCUAACUCAGAAUUUACUAAAGGGUUUACAGCCAGGAGCUCAACAUGCAGCAACACUUUCCCACUCACCUCUGCCUACACAUUUACAGCAAACAUUUAAUGAUGGAGGCCAAAGUAAAGGGGACACUAAAUUACCACGGAAAUCUCAGUGACUUCCAGCAAGCAAAGGAA